AUGUCUCUCAAAGUUGCCAUCGUCGGCGCAGGGCUCAUCGGACCUCGUCAUGCGCAAUCCGUCAUCUCCAAUUCCUCCACGGAGCUGACUGCCCUUGUCGACCCAGCACCUACCGGCGAAGCGACAGCUUCACAGCUCAAAACAAACUACUACCACACCGUGGCAGCACUCCUGGCCUCUACGCACCGUCCAGACGCGGCGAUCGUUUGCACACCGAACCAUACACACGUGCCUGUCGCGAAGGAGCUGCUCGCCGGCGGGGUCCACGUCCUCCUCGAGAAGCCCGUGAGCGAUACCCUUGAAACCGGCCGCUCGCUUCUGGAGUUUGCGCAAGCCCCGGAACGAGCCCAUCUCAAGCUCCUAGUCGGCCACCAUCGUCGCUUCAACCCGUACGUGCGGGCCACAAAAUCUGUUCUAGACCGUGGAUCGCUAGGCCGUCCGAUCGCAGUGAACGGUCUGUGGACGCUGUACAAGCCGGAUGCAUAUUUCGCUCCGCCAGGUGACUGGCGUGCGUCUCGCACCCGCGGUGGUGGUGUUAUUCCUAUCAACCUCGUUCACGACAUCGACCUGAUGCACCACCUGUUCGGCCCGAUCGUACGCGUCCAGGCCGAGCGCACGCUGCCGCAGCGUCCAAGCCCGCCCCACGACGCGGACGAAGGCGCAGCACUCACGCUUCGCUUUGCCUCGGGCGUUGUUGGCACGUUUCUCGUCUGCGACGCUACUCCCUCGCCUCACAAUUUUGAGACCGGAACGGGCGAGAACCCGCUCAUUCCGCGCUCGCCUACUGGGGAUGGAUCAGACUUUUGCCGGAUCUUCGGUUCCGAUGCCUCUUUCAGCGUGCCGGACCUAACUCGCUGGAGUUACGAUGGCCGUCUGGAGAAGAGCUGGUCUCAUCCGCUGACAGUGGAUACGAUUCCGCUCCCCGACGAUGCUGCGCCUUUUGACCUUCAGCUGGCUCAUUUCGUGGAUGUCGUCCGCGGAACUGCCACUCCCAGUUGUUCGGGCGAAGACGGUCUGCGCGCACUGAUCGUUUGCGAGGCGGUUCAGAAGGCCAUGCAGACUGGCCAACCCGUGGAAAUUGAUGUCGAUUUGCUGGCGCAAUCGAAGUCUUGA